UCGCCUGCCAUAAUUCUCAACACCCUUACUAACCAAUAAUCCGCCUUCAACAAUACCCAAUAACAUUACCUCCACAGAGUUUGUGGCCAUGAAUUCCACAAAUUCACCACCCUCUAACUAUAGAAAUUCCUCCUCAUCACCUUUCUAAAGGUACCUGUUAUUCUAAGGCUAUGCCCUCAGGUCCUAGACUCUUCCGCUAAUGGGAACAUCCUAUCCACAUCACGCCUUUCAUAAUUCGGUAACUUUCAACAAGGUCCCACCCUCAUCUUUGUAAACGUGACUCGUUGGGCCAAAUGCUGCUCCUAUGACUUCUGAACUUAAGCACCAAGCACUCACACAUAUGCACAGGCGGGAAGAAUCGUCUGUAUACUUUAUACUACAAGAGCCAGUUGCGGUCCCUUCAACUGACAACAGCACAGACUCUGACCCUUUAAGCACCAAAAGGACAGAUAAUGCUGAAGGAACUCAGUGGUCGAGCAUCUCUGGGGAACAUGUUCUCCAGAGAUGCUGCCUGAACUCGCUGAAUUACUCCAGCGCUUUGUGUCCUUUCGUGUAAACCAGCAUCUGCAGCUCAUUGUUUCUACCUAUUAAGAGGCAGUCGCACAGUGACUGAGAGCAAUGCAGACCCCCUUCAACAGAUAGCAAUGCAAGACUCUGGCUUUUUAAGAACCAAUUGCACAGAGGUCUGCCCUUUGGAGGGAAAUAAACAGGGUCUAACCCUGCACAAAUCUGCCUCCUUGCUAGGCAUAAGGCGCAGGUCUGUCUCCUUAUCAGUUAUAAGCACAAGGGCCGGCUCUUUGGAGGGCCACAAGCCCAGGGACUGUCCCUUUAAGAGCCGGACCCUCCCCCACUCUGCAGCCUUAACCGCCCUGAAAUCCCAGGGAAAAAAAAAAGGAGAUGAAUCCUCACAAACCGCAGGCUGCAGAUUUCUUCGCAGAUUGCAAUAAAACUCCCGAUCUAUUUUCUUUGCAAAUUGCAAUGCACGUUGUGCGAGGAAAUAAAAUGUCCGUGCGAUGCAGAAGGGACGCGGCUACCCGACCCGAAUCGGCUCCUCCAGGGCUUCAGACAAAGAGACACUCGCCUCACCGACAACGAGCUGGCUGGUACCGGGCCCGCCCCCUCGCCGCUCUCAUUGGCAGCCGGGACAAUCAUCGUAUUCCCCGCACUCCCAUUGGCCGCAACCUGCGUCAAUCAUCGCGCCACUCAACGUAAGGCGACGUGCCUCACGCUGCACGCCUGCGUCACGUACGCCGCCCGGGUCACGCACGCAAGCCGAGCCAGACUCGACCAUCGGGCAAAUGAGCCGUCCCCAUCGACGGGUUCACACGCGGCAAUAUUACAACGACAGCGGUAGAUGGCGGAUUUCUUUCAUUUCGCAUUCCCCCGCUGUGGAUGGAAACGGCGCCCGAAAACCCCGUGGUCGAAGGGCGAGUAAUGGCUGAGUCGCUACCCGGCGUGCCCCGCGGGCGUGAAACCGCUCUAUGCGACCCAUUUGUUUAUCGCCCCCUCCCGCCAAUGGCCCCUCCCCAGCUUACUUACUUCGAGUGACGACCAAGAGGAUUGCGCCUCGCGCGGCGGAAGGCGGUCUUGCCCGCGAUUCUGGGCGACCGCUGCGCACGCGCGGAACCAGGAUAUCAGGCGCAUGCUCAGAGACGAUGCCGAGCGGCUGCGAAAUGGAGGUCAGCAGACGCGUGUCUGCAGCAGGACCAAAUACUGUGCGGGAUAUUAUGGAUGAUCAGUCCCUGACCGAAGAAGAAAAUGUGAUGUUGAAACUGAAACCGAUCGGCCUCUAUAAGGACCUCUCCUUCACUAACCUGGAGCAGGUGGUGGCUGCCCUCAAAAUGACAGAGACCGUCAAUAUGGACCAACUCCAUGAAGAGUUUUGUGCUCGCCAGGAGGAAAUACAGAAAGCCAGACAGGAUACCACAAAAUCCACCAGUGAGAAGUGGGUGGCUGUUUUCCAAAACAUAGGGAAAGCCAACUUGAUCAACAUGUUCAGGAUUGUCCCAUUUGUCCUCAGUGUGCCAAGCUCAAAUGCCUUUGUCGAGAGAAUCUUCUCUCUGAUGGCCAUUAAAUGGUCAGACUCAAGAAACAGCACUCAAGAUGCAGCACAGAGCUGAUCAAAAAUGAACUUAAAAUAUCUGUGAACUGUGACUUGUCAUGUAAGGACUUCUCUCUGGCUGUGCAAAAGGACAAAGGACUGCUUGAAUCAGUCAAGAGCAGCAAGAAAUAUUGGCAAAAGUGGACGUUGAGUCCCCCCCUCUUUUGCUGUGAUUAUAUGUCUACUGAAAAGACACAUAGAGAUAGGGUUAUUUGCUGUUAGUUCAUGUCUGACUGAUAGAUUAUACAAGAUACAAGAUACAUU